AUGGCCGCCUCUCCUGGCGCGCUACCUCCGCUCCUCGUCCUUGCCAUCAUCUGCGGUGAGUCGCUCUCUCUCCUCCUCAUCAUCUGCGGUGAGUCGCUCUCUCUCCUCCUCAUCAUCUGCGGUGAGUCGCUCUCUCUCCUCCUCAUCAUAUGCGGUGAGUCGCUCUCUCUCCUCCUCAUCAUCUGCGGUGAGUCGCUCUCUCUCCUCCUCAUCAUCUGCGGUGAGUCGCUCUCUCUCCUCCUCAUCAUCUGCGGUGAGUCGCUCUCUCUCCUCCUCAUCAUCUGCGGUGAGUCGCUCUCUCUCCUCCUCAUCAUCUGCGGUGAGUCGCUCUCUCUCCUCCUCAUCAUCUGCGGUGAGUCGCUCUCUCUCCUCCUCAUCAUCUGCGGUGAGUCGCUCUCUCUCCUCCUCAUCAUCUGCGGUGAGUCGCUCUCUCUCCUCCUCAUCAUCUGCGGUGAGUCGCUCUCUCUCCUCCUCAUCAUCUGCGGUGUGUUCAUUGUCUCUCCUUGUCGUUCCCGAGGGGCUCUUCAGUCUGUGUGUUUGUUCCUCAUGGCCUCCCAAGGAGAAGGCGUUGCUGCAUCUGAGAAGCACGCACAUUCUGCCCCUCCUCCUCCCACCCCUCCGCUCCCUCUCAUCCCUCUGCCCCCUCUCACCCCUCUCCUCCCUCUCACCCGUCUCCUCCCUCCCACCCCUCCGCUCCCUCUCAUCCCUCUGCCCCCUCUCACCCCUCUCCUCCCUCUCACCCCUCUCCUCCCUCUCACCCCUCUCCUCCCUCUCACCCCUCUCCUCCCUCCAACCCCUCCGCUCCCUCCCACCCCUCCGCUCCCUCUCACCAUUCUCCUCCCUCUCACCACUCUGCCCCCUCUCACCCCUCUGCUACCUCUCACCCCUCUCCUCCCUCUCACCACUCUCCUCCCUCUCACCACUCUCCUCCCUCUCACCCCUCUCCUCUCUCUCACCCCUCUGCCCCUUCUCACCACUCUCCUCCCUCUCACCCCUCUCCUCCCUCUCACCACUCUCCUCCCUCUCACCCCUCUCCUCCCUCUCACCCCUCCCCCUCCCUCUCACUCCAGCCGUCGUCACGGCGCACAUGGCAGCAGGCGAGCGCGCGGAUCACCGGAUCAACCCUUCCCCGGGCGGCGCGCAAGGCGGCGGGUGACGUGCAGGUGUGGUGGCACGGGGUCACGGGCGGCAGCACGGGUGGCAGCACGGGCGGCAGCACGGGUGGCAGCACGGGCGGCAGCACGGGCGGCAGCACGGGCGGCAGCACGGGCGGCAGCACGGGCGGCAGCACGGGCGGCAGCACGGGCGGCAGCACGGGCGGCAGCACGGGCGGCAGCACGGGCGGCAGCACGGGCGGCAGCACGGGCGGCAGCACGGGCGGCAGCACGGGCGGCAGCACGGGCGGCAGCACGGGUGGCAGCACGGGCGGCAGCACGGGUGGCAGCACGGGCGGCGGUGGGUCGCGGGGGAAGGGUGACGGUGCGGCGUGCAGGCAGGUGCA